GCAGAAUUCGUUUAAAGGGCAUAAUAAAAUAGUUAGUUUUAAAUAAUACUUAAGCAUUUAGAGGCAAUUAGUACGCUGCAAUCGAGCUUUAAUCAUGGGUGGGGUGCUCAGCUAUUUUCGUGGUCUGCUCGGAUCCAGAGAGAUGCGCAUCUUAAUUCUGGGCCUGGACGGCGCCGGCAAAACAACAAUACUGUACAGGCUGCAGGUCGGCGAGGUGGUUACAACGAUACCCACAAUUGGCUUCAACGUGGAGCAGGUCACAUACAAGAACCUUAAGUUCCAAGUCUGGGAUCUGGGCGGGCAGACAAGUAUUAGACCUUACUGGCGUUGCUAUUACAGCAAUACAGACGCCAUUAUCUAUGUGGUUGAUUCGGCGGACCGUGACCGCAUUGGCAUUUCGAAGGAUGAACUGUUGUACAUGCUGCGCGAGGAGGAGCUCGCCGGCGCGAUACUCGUUGUGCUUGCCAAUAAACAGGACAUGGAGGGUUGCAUGACCGUGGCCGAGGUACAUCAUGCGUUAGGUUUGGAAAAUCUAAAAAAUCGCACAUUUCAAAUAUUUAAAACAUCGGCCACCAAAGGCGAGGGCCUGGAUCAGGCCAUGGACUGGUUAUCAAAUACGCUGCAAACCCGAAAAUAGUCACGCCCCGAGAACCCUAGAUGAGCCUGCCCCCUUGUAAAAUUGUCCAAAGUGUCACCCAGAGAUAGUUGGAAGAUCUAUAACGCUUGCGCAAAUAUCCAAACACAUACACACACACAACUUUGUAAUAACUUCUAGUA